GGCCAGGCAGACAAAAGUUUGGGAGAGAAGUUGGGUCUGAGGCGAGCGUGAGAGCGAGGGGGGCGGGGGCCGGGGAGAGUGGGACUGUCUGGAGAGUCGACGCGUGAACAGAUAAACCUGCGGACGGGACAGCCACGGCUGCAGGCUCUUCUAGACCCGCUUAAUCCCAGAUGCGCGGGGGGACGCAGCCUCUCCCGCUGGGGGAUGCUGUGGGAUUCCUGGCGCCGGGCAUCCGGGCCGCCCGCUAAGCUUCUGUGCCUACCCUGUGCCCCUGGGGAGCAGGAGUCCAGCCGCAGGGAAAGAGACUCGGCCGAAACGCUGCCGGGUGCCUGGAGGGGAGGGGGCUGGACGCUGCAGGCCCGAGGACAUGGAGCGGUUAGGGGAGAAAGCCAGUCGACUGCUGGAGAAGUUCGGCCGCAGAAAGGGUGAAUCUAGCCGGUCUGGGACUGAUGGGACCCCCGGGCCGGGGAAGGGGCGCCUGAGUGGGUUGGGGGGACCUAGAAAAUCAGGGCCCCGAGGAGCAACUGGGGGACCCGGGGAAGAGCCACUGGAACCAGCCCGGGAGCAAGGCCCCCUGGACGCUGAGCGGAAUCCGCGCGGCUCCUUUGAGGCGCAGCGCUACGAAGGGUCCUUUCCCGGGGGGCCGCCGCCCACCCGGGCCCUGCCUCUACCUCAGUCAUUGCCCCCUGAUUUUCGGCUGGAGACCACAGUCCCGGCCUUAAGUCCCCGCUCCAGCUUCGCCAGUAGCUCAGCCAGCGAUGCGAGCAAGCCGUCCAGCCCCCGGGGCAGCCUGCUGCUGGACGGGGCAGGGGCCGGCGGAGCCGGAGGUAGCCGGCCCUGCAGCAAUCGUACCAGCGGCAUCAGCAUGGGCUACGACCAGCGCCACGGGAGCCCCUUGCCCGCAGGACCGUGUCUGUUUGGCCCACCCCUGGCUGGGGUAUCGGCAGGCUAUUCCCCCGGAGGGGUCCCGUCUGCCUACCCCGAGCUCCAUGCCGCCCUGGACCGACUGUGUGCUCAUCGGCCCUCGGGGUUCGGCUGUCAGGAAAGUCGCCAUUCGUAUCCCCCAGCCCUGGGCAGUCCUGGAGCUCUAGCCGGGGCCGGAGGGGGAGCGGCUGGGCCUCUGGAGAGACGGGGGGCGCAACCCGGACGACACUCGGUGACGGGCUACGGGGACUGCGCCGCGGGCGCUCGAUACCAGGAUGAGCUAACAGCAUUACUGCGCCUGACCGUGGGCACUGGUGGGCGAGAAGCAGGCGCCCGCGGAGAGCCCUUGGGGAUUGAGCCGUCGGGUCUGGAGGAGCCGCCAGGUCCUUUCGUUCCAGAGGCUGCCCGGGCCCGGAUACGGGAGCCAGAGGCCAGAGAGGACUACUUCGGCACCUGUAUCAAGUGCAACAAAGGCAUCUAUGGGCAGAGCAAUGCCUGCCAGGCCCUGGACAGCCUUUACCACACCCAGUGCUUUGUCUGCUGCUCCUGUGGACGAACUUUGCGUUGCAAAGCUUUCUACAGCGUCAACGGCUCUGUGUACUGUGAGGAAGAUUAUUUGUUUUCAGGGUUUCAGGAGGCAGCUGAGAAAUGCUGUGUCUGUGGUCACUUGAUUUUGGAGAAGAUCCUACAGGCAAUGGGGAAGUCCUAUCACCCAGGCUGCUUCCGAUGCAUUGUUUGCAACAAGUGCCUAGAUGGCAUCCCCUUCACAGUGGACUUCUCCAACCAAGUGUACUGUGUUACCGACUACCACAAAAAUUAUGCCCCUAAGUGUGCAGCUUGUGGUCAACCAAUCCUCCCUUCAGAGGGCUGUGAGGACAUUGUGAGGGUGAUAUCCAUGGACCGGGAUUAUCACUUUGAGUGCUACCACUGUGAGGACUGCCGGAUGCAGCUGAGUGAUGAGGAAGGCUGCUGCUGCUUCCCUCUGGAUGGGCACUUGCUCUGCCACGGCUGCCACAUGCAGCGGCUCAAUGCCCGACAGCCUCCCGCCAACUAUAUCUGAACUGCAGUCACAGCUGCUGCCAUCACAACCAUUGACAAACUUCUCUGGCCAGUGGGCCCCCUGAGGCCAGCAGAGGCAAAGGAUGCACUCUAUAGGCCUGGCAGAAGAGUUCUCUGGGGAGGGCCCCAAGGUCCAGAGACCCAAAGAUCAUGCAUGACAUUCCAAAUGGAUUGCAGAGAAGGAACUGUCUAAUUGCCAGGGUGGGGUGACUGGAGUUCUUUCCUUGUAUGCAACCUGUGCUCAGACACACACAGGCCAGUUCCAAUACUUUCUGCACAUCUGAUUCUGGUCUAUAUCUUCAGUGUAUGUUUGUGCAUAAGUCAAGCAAUGUUUUAGAUUACAGGAGGAAAUGACCUACCUUUAGGUGAAAUGGUUUCAGCUGAACUGACUAGAACUAAAUCAGAGUGUUUUGCUCCCUCCAGCUACCCCAAGCCCAGAGUUUUACGGUUUAGGUUGAAUAAUCUGUGAUCUCUCUGAGAGGUGGCAGUAUUGAACUACUGCCAGGGAAACAAGUGUUAAGAGUGACCUGAAAAGAAAGUGAGAGAGAGAGAGAGAGAGAGAGUGUUUGUGUGUAUUUAUGAAUGCACUUGUGUGCAUACACUGGACUCUAGGGCUCAGUGCACCUAAACUUGGGAGUGUGGCCAGCCUGAAGCUUUCUAAACAUCCUACCCAGUAAAUUCCAUACCCACUUACUACUUCUCCCAGCUGAGAAGAGGAGAAACCAAAUACAGGCACCCACCUAGCCUCUCAGGCCUAUGUGAGUUCCUGGAAACCAGACAGUAUAGGAAGCAGGCUCAUCCACAGCUGGUCCCCAUUCCUGGCAGAGAGAUGAGGAGCUCUCCUAGUCCUUAGAAGAACACCAAGAAACAACUCAUCAAUAAGGUCCAGGCGGCACCCUUAACUCAAUCAGCAGGGCACCGGCCACAUACACUGAGGGUGGCAGGUUUGAACCCAGCCUGGACCAGCUAAAACAAUGACAACUGCAACAACA